UAGGUCGCCCGGGACGAUAAGAAAAAAAAAUUCCCCGCCAUUUGUCGAGCAGCGAGAACUGACUGUAGAGACGACGUCGAAUGCCUCUAAGCUCUGCUCUUAUUCAACAAGCGAGCGUCAACAGACACCAGCAACCAUGAAGAUCAAGGCCCUCAGCCGCUCGGUGUCGGCCCACCAAGCGCCCGGGUCCAAUGUGUCCAAGCAGCCGCGCAACCUCGACUCGGCGCUGCACCCGUUCGAGCGCGCCCGAGAGUACAAGCGAGCCCUCAACGCCGUCAAGCUCGAGCGAAUGCACGCCCAGCCCUUCAUCGGCCAGCUGGGCCGUGGCCAUGUCGACGGCGUCUACUCCAUCGCCAAGGACCCCAACUCUCUCGAGCACUUUGCCAGCGGUAGCGGCGACGGCGUCGUCAAGGUCUGGGACCUGGCGGACCGCGACGAGAUCUGGCACACGACGGCCCAUGAGAACAUCGUCAAGGGCCUCGAGUGGACGCGGGACAAGAAGCUCUUGACCUGCGGUGCCGACCGCUCUAUCAAGCUCUUCGAUCCCUACCACACCCCCAGCGAGGCAGCUCCCAUCUCGUCGUGGCUCGGCACCGGCGCCUUCACCAGCCUGUCGCACCACCGCUCCCGUAACGCUUUUGCCGCUGCCUCGAGUGUGAUAUCUAUCUACGACCUGGAGCGACAAACCGCGGCGCCUGAGGUGUUGCAUUGGCCCACGUCAGUCGACACCAUCACAGACGUCUCCUUCAAUUACGUCGAAACUUCAGUUCUGGCAUCGUGUUCCAACGACCGUUCCGUCGUCAUCUACGAUCUCCGUACCUCGACCCCCGUGACCAAGACGGUGCUCAAGUUCGCCAGCAACCGCAUCGCCUGGUCGCCUAUGGAGGCCUUCAACUUUGCAGCCGCCUCCGAGGACCACAAUAUCUACCUCUUCGACAUGCGCAAGUUCGACCGCGCCCUCAACGUUCUCAAGGACCACGUCGCCGCCGUCAUGGACGUCGAGUUCUCCCCCACUGGCGAGGAGCUUGUCUCGGCCUCGUGGGACCGUACCGUCCGCCUCUGGAACCGCGACCGUGGCCACUCGCGCGACGUCUACCACACCAAGCGCAUGCAGCGUGUCAUGUCUGCCCGUUGGACUCCCGACGCCCGUUAUGUCCUCUCGGGCUCCGACGACGGCAACAUCCGCCUGUGGCGUGCCAACGCCUCCCAGCGUGAGGGCAUCAAGUCCACCCGACAGCGUCAGGCCCUCGAGUACAACGAGGCCCUUGUCGAGCGCUUCGAGCACAUGCCCGAGAUCCGCCGCAUCAAGCGUCACCGCCACGUUCCCCAGGUCCUCAAGAAGGCCAACGAGAUCAAGACCGAGGAGCUCAAGAGCAUCAAGCGCCGCGAGGAAAACGAGCGCCGUCACUCCAAGAAGCAGUUUGAGCGCAGGAAGAGCGAGAGAGAGAAGAUGAUUAUGGCCAAGGAGAAGUAAAGGAAUUUAUGUAUAUGAGCUUGAAUUGUCAGAUCCGAACCAAAAAGAAUUGGGUUUUGUUGGGCGUGUUGCAACGGGCAUGGCAGGCAUCGCAUGGCGUUCAGGUUUUGCAGGGCUAGUUAAAAUCUUUGGUACAGAUAUACCACGGGAGUUUCUAAUCAGAAAUUCUAAUCUCUUUCCCA